CCCAUGCAAUAUAUUUUCAGGAACUACAGCGUAUCAAAAAGAUUGUCAUUUAAAAGUCAAACAUCAAGCAUCUUUCCCAGAGAGCAAGAAAGAACAACAAGAAACAUGAAUAUGAAAAUGAAUUUAGCAGCUUUAUUUAUAACAUCAAUCCUUUGCACAUGCUCGCAAUCAUAUAUAUUACAAGAGGAGGAAAAUCAACCGGUCGGGUCUUCCAGUCUAGAAGAAGGUUCGUCACCAAUGGAAAAGCGUGGAAGACUCUCUCUAACUGCUGAUUUAAGGAGUCUAGCGCGCAUGCUCGAGGCCCAUCGAAAACGUUACCUCGCAAGUCGAUCCCCGUACGAUUCUAUUCGUAAGAAAUUGUUCAAAUUCGGCAAAAGGAACACCUUACCAGAAAGACAGCUGCACGAUGUGGAGAGUUCGGAAGAGUCUGGAGACUUGGCUCAGUAUAGUUCUAAGACCAACGAUGAGUUACCCAUUUAUACAAUUAAACGACAACGUUUAUCUGUGAAUGGCGCCUUGUCAUCUUUAGCGGACAUGUUAGCGGCGAGUGGACGCCAAAGAAUGAGGUCCGAGAUGGAGAUAAAUCGGCAAAGACUUUUUGGAUUAGGAAAAUAGUCUAUUUAAAUUUAUUAAAUUUAGAGUUCAAAUUUUGGGGGGGAGAUAGACUUCAUUGAUCCUUUGGAUAAAAUUAACCAUAUCUCAUGUAUUUUUUCUUGAUUAUCAUUUCAUUGAUAUUGAUAAUUUUUCUGUAUUUUCUUUUCUCAAAUUCUUCUUCAUUUUAAAUAUUUCGCUGAAUAAAUU